GAACACUUGGGUAUAGGGGCGAAAGACUAAUCGAACCAUCUAGUAGCUGGUUCCCUCCGAAGUCUCCCUCAGGACAGCUGGCGCUCAGCCUCGCAGUUUUAUCUGGUAAAGCGAAUGAUUAGAGGUCUUGGGGACGAAACGAUCUCAACCUAUUCUCAAACUUUAAAUGGGUAAGAAGCCCGGCUCGCUGGCUUGGAGCCGGGCGUGGAAUGCGAGCUGCCCAGUGGGCCACUUUUGGUAAGCAGAACUGGCGCUGCGGGAUGAACCGAACGCCGGGUUAAGGCGCCCGAUGCCGACGCUCAUCAGACCCCAGAAAAGGUGUUGGUUGAUAUAGACAGCAGGACGGUGGCCAUGGAAGUCGGAAUCCGCUAAGGAGUGUGUAACAACUCACCUGCCGAAUCAACUAGCCCUGAAAAUGGAUGGCGCUGGAGCGUCGGGCCCAUACCCGGCCGCCGCCGGCAACCAGAGCCUCGAGGGCUAGGCCGCGGUGAGUAGGAGGGCCGCCGCGGUGAGCACGGAAGCCUAGGGCGCGAGCCCGGGUGGAGCCGCCGCAGGCGGACUCGUCGGUUUACCCAGAGUGUUGCACAACCAGUAAAAAAUACAAGAAGAAGAUAAAGAAGAAGAUAAAAACUAAUAAAAAAAUGUACACAGCACAAUAAAAUCAGAUUAAAAAGGUACAAUCAAUGUCAGAUUCCCAAUGUGUUAAAAGCCAGAUUAAAAGUGCGCUUUGAACUGAAGUUUAGCUCGUCUUAUAUGGAGAGGCAGAACUAUGUAACAAAAGAAAAAAAUGUCUCGCUUAUCUGCAGGAUUUUGAUGAAGCAGUAUUGUCUGUUUCCUGUUAGAGAUCAAACAGCAGCUGUCACAUCUCUCCACCUUUCAGUGGCAACAACUAAUCAGAGUUCCAGAGCUUCGGGGCCAGAACAGAAAACGCUCGAUCACCUCUCAAUUUCCUCUGUGAUUUAGGAAGCACCAGCAGCAGCAUCUGGUUGCAUAACUAUUGACUCACCUGAGCCAUGUUGUACUCCACUUACCUUCGUUUUAGUUUUGAUGCAGAUAAAAAGGUGGUACAUGCCUUUUCAAAGGGUUUUCAAAACUUUAUCAAGUUGGAGCCCGCAUCAAGUUAAAUAACCCGUUAUAAAAUCCAGAGCAUACAACCGCUGGCCAAGUGGGUCAGCUGCUGGUUUGUGUCUGUAAAUAAUUUUCAACAGAGCUCAGGAUUUUAUUGUAGAGACACAUCCAAAGGGGUUGCAUGGGAAAUAUCAGCAUUGCCACACCCUUCCCUGGAAAAUAGCUUUAUCAUGCUGGCUUAUCCGCAUGUAAGUGUUUAGCGUUACUAUACUGAGAUUGCACAACCAAUGCUAUUCAGACAGAAUCAGCAGCAGCAACAACGCUUUUGAUUUGCCAUCCUCAUAAGGAACAAUGUUUAACUGCACAGUAGGACGGGAGUUAUGUAAAGCUUACACAGGCAUAUUAUUCAAGUUUAUUGAUGAGAGGUCGAAAGAUGAUCUGAUGACCGCUCAAUCAGAUCACCCAAAAUAAACCUCGGAACAGAGAUUAGUCAUUAGGGUGAGCUAAGGUGAGGCUUGUGCUAUUUAAAAAUGAAAGCUCUGUUACUACCUUACAAUAAGAUUUCCUUUAUGAAUGAAUGAUAAAAAGCAUAAAACCAGUUAUUAAUACAGUUAUUAAUAAUCCAACAACUAUUAAUAGGGAAUUAUUUCAAUGCUAGGAAAUAGGGUAAAAGUGGGAAUGGUCUGCAUUAGGAUAAGAAAACUCACUAAUGGUUGUCUUACUGGUUGUUACUGGUUAAUAAAGGGUCAGAAGCUUAAAUCAUAAUUGCAUAUUCUUUUAAACCUACAUUUAUGCAACCCUUUAAUGAUCCUUUUUUAGUGUGAGUAAGAUUAGGUGUACCGUGGUAACACUUUACAUUAUGUUGAUCAAAUGAACUAAUAAGUAGCCGCUUGUCUUUUACUUCAUCUGUGUUUUUCGUUUCAGUAAGAUACAACAGGUUUAGUCUAUCGCUAUUUAUAUAAAAAACACCUCAAUGUGUGUUAUCAGCUGCCAGAAUGUUAUAAACUAAAAAAAUAUAUAUUUCUAUUUCACAAUUCAUUAAAUAAAAGUAAUUUACUCGUAAUUUCAUAUGCAUGAAGGAAUAUGUAACAAAGGAAAAUUGUGUUUUACUUAUGUGCAGGAUUUUUGAUGAAGUAAUAUCCUUGGUUUCCUGUUAGAGAUCAAACAGCAGCUGUCACAUCUCUUCAUCUUUCAGCAGCAAAAAUGAAUCAGCUUGACUUCCUUGGUCAGUCAUGCCUCUCCACCAGCGUGCGCUCAGAGUUUCCAUGUAAGAAUCCCUGGGGAGACGGCACAUCUACGACCAAACUUAAAGCCUCUGCUGAAGGUUCGAAUGGCCCGGGGUCGCAUGUUGCCGCUCCACCACGGGCGGGCGUGGGAGGGAGCUUCUGUGGUGACAUAACUGAGGAGGAGAGGCAUAAAGUUCAGACGGCAGCAGCAAAACAAGCAGAGCAGAGCAGCAGCAGCAACAAGUGAGCAGCCAGCGGUCUCUGCAGAGCCUCAUCCACACUGUACCAGCCAUGCCUUCUCACAGCAGCCUUCUGCUUCUGGUCACCGUUUGGGCCUCAGUUCAGGACGGUUUGGGUCUCCCAGUUGUGAAGCAGCCGGAAGCAGAAGCCGUCAACGGCGUGCCGACUCACCCGGUGAGGACCAAGCGCUGCGCCUGCAGCAACCUCCUGGACUCGGAGUGCCACUACUUCUGUCACCUGGACAUCAUCUGGGUCAACACACCCAGCAAGACAACCAUUUAUGGCCUAGGUGGGGGUUUGCUGCGACGCAAAAGGUUCGCCGGGCGCUGCACCUGCGCCAGGCUCGAUGACGAGACCUGCACCAGUUUCUGCCGUCUCCGCCCUGAAAUCCAGUCUGUGAAGAGGCCUCAGCUUGACACACUCAACACCUUGAUAGCUGGAGCCAAGGACUCAAACCCGGCACUAGACGUAGAGCAUUCAGGCGGAGAACAGUCGUCCCAGGCUGAGCGGAAGAACGCCUGAUGAACAGCGGAGCUGCAGAAGCAGUAGGAGCGUAAGAGAAAGAAAGAAGGAGCAGAAGGCGAGCAUCUGAACAAAUGACCCUCCUUUGGCUGAGAGGGGUCUCUAAGAGAUGUGUCCGAUCCGGGAAGGCUGCAUAUUCUGUUUGUUCCUGCGAACAGAGAGGUGGAAAAACAUGCCGAGGUCUGCAGGUACGCAGCAGAAACAGAUGUGGAGGGUCGGAGGUGGUGAAAACGCUACGGGGUUAUAUUUAACUCUGGAUGUGGAGCCUAUGGGAGCUGAGGCAACUGAGGCACAGCCCUAAAAGGAAAGGAGCCACCGCAUGAAUACAAGCAUGGAGAUAUGGAACAUACAUGCUAUGUUUGCUUCAAUAUUGUCAACUUAUUUUAUAUAUUUCUAAGAAAUAUCAGCUUCAAUUUGCAUUUCUAAUAGGAUAGAUUUUUAAUGUAAUUCCGUCCUUUUUGUUUAUGAAAACUAAAUAUGUUUC